CAACUGAGCUCCCAUCUAUUAUCACAAUGCCUACCAGUGUCAGGCAACUGGAGUACCUCACGCGCGAGCAAAUUGACCAGUUCCGCAGAGAUGGAUACCUACGUCUUCCCUUGUUCUUGACUCCGGACGGGACUGAGGCGCUCUUGGCUCGGUCCAAGCAACUCCUAAGCGAGUUCGACCUAGAUACGCAUCCUCGGACAAAGUUUACCACCCGUGAUGAUGAACAUGUUGGCGAUGAUUACUUCUUAACCUCGGGAGACAAGAUCCGUUAUUUCUUCGAGGAGGAGGCAGUAGAGAAAGACGGACAGCUGAACCGCCCCAAGGAGAAGUCAGUGAACAAGAUCGGCCACGCUCUGCAUGAGCUCGAUCCCGUCUUCCGCAAGGUCACAUUGGAGAAUGACAGUAUGAAGUCCAUCGUUCGUGAUCUUCAAUUCCACCAUGAUCCUGUCGCACUGCAGUCCAUGGUAAUCUGCAAGCAGCCGUACAUCGGCGGCGAAGUGAAUGAACAUAAUGACUCCACAUUCUUGUACACGGAUCCUCCAUCGGCACUCGGCUUCUGGAUUGCUCUCGAGAAGUGCACUCCGGAGAACGGUGCACUCUCUUUCCUGCCAGGAUCCCACCUUACAACGCCCAUCACGAAACGCUUGGUGCGCAAGCCCGGUAACACUGGGACGAUGUUCGAGGACCUCGUGUCUCCCGAGCAGGCUCCGUCCAAGCCUGAAGGGAAGUACAUUCUUGAAGCGUGCAUGCCUGGUGACAUGGUACUCAUUCACGGCAACGUUCUCCACAAGUCGGAGAAGAAUCACAGCCCGCACACGCGAUUUGCCUACACAUUCCACAUGAUUGAGUCUCCGCCGUACGCACAGUACGAUACGAAGAACUGGCUACAGCCUACUGCUGAGAUGCCGUUCUCGCGCAUCUUGGAUGUCCCCAACUCUACUGUCGUUCCGUGCGGUGCGGGCGCAGCCAAGGCGUGAUUAAGAAUGACAACCUCUGCGCUGUAAUAUGUAGAAACUGGAAGCAACGUAUUGUAAUUCUAUGAACUACUGAUAUAGUGGAUCAUGACAUUGUACGGAUA